AUGGUCAAAAUAUUAUCCCAACCAUCUUUAAUUGAAAGUGUUACGCUUAAUCAUCAAUUAUUUCAUGCUGAUGUUGGUAUUGUAUCCUAUGCAAUAACUUUAUUAUAUAAUUUAAUAUUUGAAAAGAAAAUUUUUUUUCGAUUAAAAGAAAAUGAAAAUGUUUUAGCUGCUUGUUUAAAAUUACAAGAAGCAAAAGAUAGAACAAUAAAAUUUGGAUCAUAUACAUUAUCUGCUGUUUUAAAUCAAAAAGAUAUUGAUGAAAUCAAUAAUCCAUCAAAAACUGCUCAAUCUUAUUUGUAUUAUAUUGAAAAUAUGAUCGAUGAACCAUCACGUACAUAUCAUGGAGUAAAAUUAAACGGUGUAUUGACUAAUCUUGAAACGAUUGUUCAAAAUGAUCAAGUUAAAGAGGAGAUUGCUAAUGAUGACCAAAGUAUACCCUUGAUUGCAAGAUGUGCAUAUGACAAAGAUUUCGAUGAUGAUAUUCGAGAUCCAGCUCUAAGAAUUAUUUUAUCAGUUUCAUUUGUCGGUGAUGUUGCUAUUGAAAAAAUAAAAAAUAUUGAACCACUUAUGGAUUGUCUUCAUGAUGAAUCUAUUUCGAAUAAUAUGAGACAAAGAUGGACAGCUAAUGCUAUUCAAUGGAAAAUUGAUGGAGAAAAGAAUUUUGUCGCAAGUCAAGAAAAAAACAAAGAAAAAGGACAAGAUAUUAUUGAAACGGUCAUAUCGACUGUUAAAUUUGAUGAAUCAAAAGCUUCUUAUCAAUAUAUUAGAGGUGAUUAUCGUUUUAAUUUACAUGAUUAUCAAAUAGUAGAUACAUAUGUCAUGAUCAGCUAUUGUCAUGAAGAUGAAGAAAUAUGUCAUCAAAUUUAUAAUAGUUUAAGAAAAUUAACACCGUAUCAACUAUGGGUGAAUAAACAUUAUCUACACAGUGCCAAUCCGGAUGUCGUAGCUACAGCAAUGGAAAAAGCAGAUAUUGUUAUUAUGUGUUUUUCAAAUAAGUAUCGGGAAUCAUCAGUAUGUCGAUUGGAAGGUGAAUAUGCUGACAAACGCAACCGACCUAUUAUUCCAGUGAGAGUAGAAGCUGAAUAUAAACCUACAGGGUGGUUAAAUGAUGUUGUUGGUCAGAGAAAACAUAUUGAUUUUAUCGACUUAAACUUUGAUUUUGCCUGCCAGGUGUUGAUAAAAGAAAUCGAUUACAUCAAAUCAAAGAUCAGUAAAAAAUGA